AGCUGCUCAGAGGGAAGAUCCUGUCGUUGGUAAGGUGAUAGAGUUAAAGGAGAGUAGUGGAGAACUGACAUCUGAAAUGACGAAAACUGCUAAAGGAAGCCUGAAGAGACUGUUGUAUGAGUGGAGAAAACUUGAUCUUGAAGAGGACCUGCUCUAUCGUAAGACCAAUCACAGAUCUCAACUUGUUCUUCCUGCUAAGUUUAAGCAGUUGGCCCUGAACCAGUUGCACAACGAGAUGGGUCAUGUAGGGACAGAACGAGUUCUAGACUUGGCAAGGAGUAGAUUCUACUGGCCUUUUAUGAAAAAGGAGAUUGAGCACUAUGUCACCCAGCAGUGCCGAUGUGUGAAGCAGAAGAAACCCGUGGUGAAGAUCAGAGCUCCCAUGGGAAGUCUUACCUCGAGUUGUCCACUGGAUUUGGUGUCCAUCGAUUAUCUGCACCUGGAGCGGAGUCGGGGCGGAUAUGAAUAUAUUCUGGUGGUGGUGGACCAUUUCACCAGAUUUGCCCAGGCGUAUCCGACAAGAGACAAGUCUGGAAGGACGGCAGCUGAGAGGAUAUUUAAUGACUAUAUCCCAAGAUUUGGCUAUCCUUGUCGGCUCCAUCACGACCAAGGCCGUGAAUUCGAGAACCAUCUCUUUGCGACUUUGCAACGGUUAACGGGUGUCAGUAACUCCAGAACGACACCUUAUCACCCCCAAGCAAACCCAGCGGAACGGUUCAAUCGCACUUUGUUACAAAUGUUGAGGACGCUGGAAGAGAAAGAAAAGGAUAGAUGGAAAGACCACCUCCCGAAGGUAGUGCACGCCUAUAAUUGCACUAAGCAUGAAGCGACGGGGUUCUCUCCAUUCUUUCUUCUGUAUGGACGUCACCCUCGCUUGCCUGUUGACUUGUUGUUUGGUCUAAGAUCGGAGGAUGACCAAUACUCGCCUCGAGAUUAUGCAGAAAAGUGGGCACAACGGAUGGCUGAUGCAUAUAAAGUAGCCUCAGACAACAGCAAACAAGCGAGCGCACGGAACAAGAAAUACUAUGAUCAGCACCUGCGGGGUGUUGUGCUGCAACCAGGAGAUCGAGUUCUGGUUCGUAACCUAAGUGAACGGGGCGGGCCUGGAAAGUUAAGAUCCUACUGGGAGAAAACAGUGCACGUGGUCAAAGAAAGAAUAGGAGAAGGACCGGUCUAUCAAGUGUGCCCGGAGUCCAGUGAAGGCCAAAAUCCAGCCAUGAUACGUACCUUGCAUCGGAACCUGCUUCACCUGGUUAAUGACCUACCAGUAGACCCGCCACCUCCAGGAGCAGAUGAGUCAUGUAGACCUAAGGGAAGGAAACCAAGGUUGUCAAAAUCAGCAAGAGAGCCUGAAGAAGCAAAUUCGAGUGAUUCAUGUUCGGAUGACAGUGAUGCACCGAGAGCUUACUACUGGUUACGCUCCUCUGAACAGCAGAGAUCUAAGCAGGGAAGGACUGUCCCUGACACUCACGAAAGAAGAGUUUGGAGACGGAGAAAUAGUGAGGAUGGACCUGUGAGGCAUGGAGAGAUUACUCCAGGAGUAGAGGAAGAAUACUUACCUGAGACAGUGGAAACUCACUCAUUGACUGACUUACCUGCUGCAUCAGAAUUUGAGAGGAUGAAUCCUGAGCUGAGAGAGAUAGUACCUGUGGAGAAAGAGAGACAGAGGGUUAGUCCAAUGGGAAAAGUUGCAGGAGACGAAUAUGUGAGGAGAUCAAGCAGAGAGAGAAAACCCACACGGGUCUUUACUUACCCCUCAUUGGGUCAGCCCAAUUAUGAACUGCCUACGGAGAUAGGGGCUGCUCAGUUUAUGCAGACACCGCAGUUACCGUAUUACUCUGGGGUACAGGGGCCAGUAUGUGCGACUUGUGCUCAUGUUCCACCUACAUUUCCUUAUCAGAUAGGGUCCUAUCCUACCUUAUUACCCUAUGCUGCCUUUAGUGGAUACUAGGGAAUUAGUGCCUACAAGAAAACAGGGUUAAGAUCCCCACACUGAACACAUAUAUUACACAAUCUUGAAAUUGGUUACAAUAUUGGAAGGUUUGUGUUAAUUAGUUAACUGUUUAUAAGAGUUAGAGGGUCAGUGUUGUUUGGAGCCAUUUCUUUUGUCGGGGAGAGUGUGACACCCUGUAUUGUCACAGGAAUAAUUACAUUUUUCUGUAUGUAUUUUAUUUUAUUUUAUUGUGUUUAUGGUAUUGUUUCAAUUACUGUUAGUAUGUUGAAUUGGUGAGGAGUGAUACUCACGGUGGACAGUAGGUGGAGACAGUGUGCUGAUCGGGGACUAUGUGAGUAACUGAGUCGCGGAGAAGAAGCCGCCAUUACAGAGCGACUCAGACUGCAUUCAACAGCACAUCUUUGUCUGUCUCCUUGUUUUAUUAAACAGCAAUAAUUAACUGCAGCAACGCCAGUCGGACGGCGGGCG